GGCGUCCUCGGGGGCGGUUCCUGUUGCCCUCACUAGACAUGGCGCUGGCCAGUGUGUUGGAGGGCUCGGUCCCGGUGAACCGGCACGGGUUCUUCGGGCUCGGGGGUCGUGCGGAUCUGUUGGACCUGGGUCCAGGUAGUCCCAGCGAUGGGCUGAGCCUCGCCGCGCCUAGCUGGGGUGUCCCAGAGGAGCCGAGGAUCGAAAUACUUCAUGGAACCACCACCCUGGCCUUCAAGUUUAAACAUGGAGUCAUUGUCGCAGCGGACUCCCGGGCCACAGCGGGUGCCUACAUUGCCUCCCAGACGGUGAAGAAGGUGAUAGAGAUCAACCCCUACCUGCUGGGCACCAUGGCUGGGGGUGCCGCAGAUUGCAGCUUCUGGGAGCGGCUAUUGGCUCGGCAAUGUCGAAUCUAUGAGCUUCGAAACAAGGAACGCAUCUCAGUAGCAGCUGCCUCCAAACUGCUUGCCAACAUGGUUUAUCAGUACAAAGGCAUGGGGCUGUCCAUGGGCACCAUGAUCUGUGGCUGGGAUAAGAGAGGCCCUGGCCUCUACUACGUGGACAGUGAAGGAAACCGGAUCUCGGGGGUCACCUUCUCUGUAGGUUCUGGCUCUGUGUAUGCAUAUGGGGUCAUGGACCGGGGUUACUCCUAUGACCUAGAGGUGGAAGAGGCCUAUGAUCUGGCCCGUCGAGCCAUCUACCAAGCCACCUACAGAGAUGCCUACUCAGGAGGUUCAGUCAACCUCUACCAUGUCCGUGAGGAUGGCUGGAUCCGAGUCUCCAGUGAUAAUGUGGCUGAUUUACAUGACAAGUACACUGGAUCUACCCCCUGAAGGAGGGUGGAUGUAGCUACUUGUGUUUGGGGUGACUGUUGUUGGUAAUAUGGGUACAACUCCCCAUUCUAUAGUGGAGGGGUCCCCAAUUGUAUUGAUUUUUUUUUAAGCUCUGGUGCAUUGACCUCCGUUGUUACAGUUGUUAAUGAGCUGUUGUGGAGGUGAAGAUUGGUUUUCCUUUCUUGGAUGUUAACAUUACACUACUGGACCUCA